AUGGCUGCGCGGACGGAUCUCGGGGUCCCGCUGAGCACGCUUUGUCCCAAGUACCUUCACUCCAACUCCACCAGCCACACCUGGCCAUUCAGCGCCAUAGCUGAGCUCAUAGACAAUGCCUAUGAUCCAGAUGUCAAUGCCAAACAGUUCUGGAUUGAUAAGACUGUGGUUGAUGGACAAGAAUGCCUCAGCUUUAUGGAUAAUGGAGACGGACUGAACCAUGCAGCUAUCCAGAAGAUGCUCAGCUUUGGGUACAGCGAUAAGACCGUUGUCAAAGGUGUAGCACCAAUAGGUAUCUAUGGCAAUGGGUUCAAGUCUGGAUCCAUGCGUCUUGGAAAAGACGCUAUUGUUUUCUCAAAGUCAAAGAACUCUUCAUGCAUCGGGAUGCUCUCUCAGACCUACUUGGCAGAGAUUCAGGCGGAGCAAAUAAGUGUGCCCAUCAUCAGCUUUGCAAACACAAACAAAAACAAGUUGUCAGUACAAGAGCAGGACAGAGUCAGUCUGCAGCACAUCCUGCGCUAUUCCAUUUUCAAAACACAGGAGGACCUUCUCAAAGAGCUUCAAGCCAUCAAUCCCCCCUUGUGCCCGCGAAAAACAGGCACACGGAUUAUCAUCUGGAAUCUCCGCAGGACAUCUGUUGGAGAACUAGAGUUUGAUUUUCAGAAGGACCGGUACGAUGUUCGAAUUCCAUCGGAUAUCAAUGAGUCGGGGAGCGACACUUUUCAACAUCAAUCGUCAUCAUACAUCCCUGAGAGUGUUUACUCUCUGCGGGCAUACUGCAGUAUUCUGUACCUGAAGCCUCGGAUGCAGAUCGUCAUACGAGGUCAGAAGGUGCAAUCUCAGCUCAUCGCUAAGAGUCUCGCCUCCAUCAGAAAGGACCACUACAAGCCAACUUUUCUGCCCAAACGCGUUCCUAUCACUUUCGGGUAUAACACCAAAAGUAAAGAGCAGUAUGGCAUGAUGAUGUAUCACAAGAAUCGCCUCAUCAGAGCCUACGAACGCGUGGGGUGUCAAAUGAGGGGCGACAGGAAAGGCGUUGGGGUCAUUGGCGUAAUAGAGUGCAACUUUCUCAAUCCCGCCCACAACAAUCAGAGCUUCGAUGAGACAAAUCAGUACAGGAAAACUAUGACCAGCAUGGCGACCAAACUGGAGGAAUACUGGAAACAAAUGUAUUACAGCAAGAACAAAGAGAAUCCAAACAGCACCACACCAGUGGAGGAUACCAUGAAGCGACCAGAUCAGAUCUGGCUGCAGUGUGAUGACUGUAGUCAGUGGCGCAAACUCCCCGAUGGGAUUGACUGCAACAAGUUACCAGAGGAAUGGUUCUGUCGUUUGAACCCUGACCCUCAGUUCAGCUUGAUCGUGCUUCGGCAGAAUGUCGGAUGCCUUCUCAUCACCUCGAUUCCUGCUCUGUCCCUCGACCAAGUGAAUUUUGAGUGCAAUGUAAUCGAUGAGAUCCUCGAACAGUUUCUGUCUGAGAGAGAUUCUGUCAAAGAAGAGGAACAAUGGAAUUAACCAAAUCCUGACAUACAUACACUAUGCCUUUUAAUAUUCCAUACAGAUGUCUUGGAAAUUAGAUUGUAUUUAUUUGAAUGUAUGACUUUAUUAACCGAUUUU